AUGAAAGAAUUAAUUAACAAAUGUAAAUGUCUUAUUGCAUUCUUAGCAAAAGAUAAAAAAAAGCAACAAUUAAAAGAAUCACAAGUUUAUUUAUACAGACAACAAGCAAUGCAAUUAAAUACACAAGAAGCUGAAGAAUUGAAAAAACAAAUUGAAGAUCAUGUUGUUGUUGAUGUAGCGAAAGCUAAUAAUACAUGUUGGAAUUCUACAUUAUAUGCUUUUCAAAGACUUAUUAUUCUUAAACCAGCCAUAUUAAUGUUAAAGGCAUCUUUAAUAAAUGAUACAAAUUCAUAUAUUCAUAAGGAGGAUGAAAAAUUAGAAGAAUUGGAUCCAACAGCUUAUGAAUGA